GUAAAGGGUACCUGCCAAAGUAAGAAUAUUUUUUAAUGUUAAAACUUGUUAUGGAUUUUGUGUAAACAAUACUGUCCUUUCAACAUGACUGACGACGAUGAGAUAGAGGUGUUUAUAUCUGCCUAUGCAGAAAUUUCAAAAGAUUAUAUCAGUCGUUUUGAAUUUCCUAAUCAAGAAUGUGUUCAACAGUAUCUGAAAAGUGUGAGUGAAAAGGCUGGUGCAGAGUUGAUUUCUCACUGCAAUGAUACGAAAGAUAAAACUUUUACCGUUAAGGGACCCUGGAUUUCUGUUAAUCGUGCUCGAUCUUUUCUCCAGAACUUUCUCACGACAUUUGACAGUGGAGAUCUCCGAAAUAUAGAGAUUAAUGAAGCUGAAGAUGACAUGAUAAGUGAAUCAAAGAAUUAUGUCCAAAAGGAUGAUGUCUCCCCACAAAAUAAAGGGGGUAAUGGAGCAGUACCAAAGCCAAUUGUUAUGUAUGAUGGUUUGGAAAAAGAGGAUAUUUUAGAGAACCAAUAUAGGCAAACACCAUUGAAACGAAUUGGAAAAGCCUUGAAGAAUGCCUAUAGCUUUUCUAAUAAACACCCAGCCAUAACAAAUGAUAACAGUGAGCCUGCUGUUGCUGAAAAAGUUCCAAAAAUCACACUGACAAAAAUCAAGGAUGAUCAAGUUAUUCCAAAAGAUGAAGAUGGACAGAUGCAAUUAGAAACUGCCGAUGAGAAUGACAAUGAAGAUGAUGAUGAUGAUGAUGAUGAUGAAAUUGCUGACGAAAGAAACCUGUCUGACGCUGAUUAUGAUCCGCCCGAUAUUAAAAUUAAGAAAACGCACCAUCGUAAGUCUUCAGCUACUAAAAAGCCACUAAGACCUCAAAGAAAAAGAGUAUCACUUAAGAAGGUAGCACUGAAAAAGACAGUUCAAACAAGAAGCUUAAAAGACAGAAAAGAAAAAUUUGAUCCAAUUAAGUCCAAAAUAGAAGAACCGUUAGUUAAGUUUUCUAAAAAAGUUGUAAAAAUGGAGGAGAGUGAAACAGAUUCUAAGAUUAGAGUCCCGUCCCAACUGAGUAAAAGAUCGAGGAAAACUAAUACUCAGCACCGACGACGGCUAAGUGAUGAUGAUUCUGUUGACUAUCCGUGUCCAGAAUGUCCAUAUUCUGCAAAAAAGAAAUCAGGUUUGAGAGAGCACAAGCGACGCCUUCAUAGAACUAAAGACUUCGCAUGUGAUAAAUGUGGUAAAAUAUUUGGUUUUGGUAAAGACUUGACCAGGCACAAAAAAUCCCACGAAAAACCUCAAAACUGUUGUGAUAUAUGUGGCAAACUCUAUAAGGGCAUAAGAACAUUGGCAGAGCACCGUAAAACUCACGAUGACGGGUAUGAAAAACCGGAGUUCCAAUGCGAUUUGUGUGACAAAUCCUUUAGUACUAAAUAUGUCUUGGCAUAUCAUAUUAAAUCAGAUCAUCUUGGAAUGAAAAGAACAUAUCUUUGCCCAACAUGUGGGAAAAGUUUCUCCCAAAAACAUUCUUACUUACAGCAUGCAAACGUUCAUUUAGGUAUACGACCCUAUAAAUGUGAACUCUGUGAUAAAACUUUUGCCUACGAAAAGUCCCUCAAAGAACACAAAUUUAUGCAUGAUAAUAUUCGUAGAUUUAAAUGUGACUUGUGUGAUAAAAGUUUUAGACAAACGUCGGCUUUAGCCAUACAUGCUCGUAUUCACAAGGAGAAAAAAGAUUAUGUUUGCUCUUCUUGUGGCAGAGGAUUCAGUCAGAAACAGGCCUUAAAAAGACACGAGAGAAUUCAUUUGGGGGAAAAACCUUUUGUUUGUGGUUUGUGUAAUAGGAACUUUACUGAUGCCUCAGUACUUCGACGUCACAUGAUACUCAUUCAUAAAAAGGAACCGAAGAAAUGGCGAGAAGACACAGUUUCUCAUGUAAAAAGAGCUCAAUAUUUUAUUGAUGUACUGAAUAAAAAUGUGGAGAAAGAAACAGGAGAUGGUGAUAUGUUACUAGAAUUUGAGCAAACAGAAAAAUUUGUUAAUGAUGAUGAAAAUCAAGCAGAGACUGAAUAUGAUGAAAAGAAGGAUGGAACCGAUAUGGAUGACAGGCCUGUUACUGAGGAAGGAAUUUCUAGUGAGAAACAGGCUUUUCAACCAGAUACUAACUAUAUACUUCCAUUACCAUUAAUAACGCCACAGAAUCCUGGAACUGUCAACAACUUUAUGAAUCCUCCCUUUGAUCCUGUUGCCAUGUUUUCUCAGCAGAUUACCCCCGGAACAUAUAAUCAACAUUUUAUAAGUCACACUGGUACCCUUCAUACCCUAGAAACCCUUCAACCACAGCAUCAGCCACAGUAUUAUCCUGCAAACUUUAAUGUUGAACCAACUAAACAGUAUGAACAAAACCAACCAAAUCCAGAUAUUUAAAAAUAUAAUCUGAUGAAUAUUAGCAUUUAAUACAUAAAAAUUCAAACUAUAUCAACUAAUAGUUUAGCCAAACAAUUGUUAAUAUCAGAUAUAUUAAGAAACCUUUUUGUUUACAUACUGUAUAGCAGCAACCGAUUGUUCAACCCCUCUGUUUGUGCAUCUUUAAUAUAAGGCUUGAUCUCGCUUUAACUACGUACAUCUUAUCAAGGCUUCAAGUAAUACCUCCCAGAUUUCAGCACUAUCUGAUUACUCGAUCAUCGCAAAUAUCAACUCUCGCACUCUCCAGCUAAAAUAUUUACCUGUGAUAAUCGAGUUGCAAAGUUCAAGGUUUGUUCAAUGUCAAGGUUUUCAUGAAGGUUACUAUGUCACAACCUCUGACUGAUUGGACGCUACUGUCUGCACAUAACGUAGCUAUAAGUUCAUGAAUCAUAAAGUAAUUUAGCAACGUCCAGAUAUUAUAAAACUUACAGUCGUUGCUUCAGGAACAUGCUGUUUGUGUGGAUCACCCAAGUCAAUUGUUGCAUAAUUUUAGGACUUGUACAUCUGUUUAUUAUUGCAUUUUACACACAUUGAAAGAUAUAUUAAUUUAUAUAGAAGUUAUUCAUUCAACAAUACACAUUAUGAUUUUUGUUUUUAAAUAGGUUAUAAUAAUAUAUAACCUUUUAUUAUGAAUUAUACAUAAAGACAACAAUUUAUAUAUAAAUUUAUGGUUAAUAAAAUGUUAUGCUCUAUUUAUGAAUUGAUCAGAAGAAACUCUAUGUAUGUAUUUAUUUUUAUACGCCAACAUUUUCAUGUGGAUGUAUUAUGCCGUCGCCCCUGUCUGUCCACAAUUUGUUUGUUGACAAUCUACAGGUCACAACUAAGAUCUUGGUUGCUUUCGAUAUUCGCGCAUAUCGAGUCAUAACUUCCUGAAUUAUGGCUCCUGAUUGUACGAAAAAUCACGUUUUUAGCUUGUAGUCCCUCUAGAAGUCACAAUUAUUAUCUGAAUUAAAAAAAAAGUUAGAAUAUAUAACCGUUACACUGUAAUGUAGGUUGAGUUCAAAUUUCGUGAAAAUUGGAUCAAAACUGCUGCACAAAAUGGCCAUCCCUCAUACGCAAAUAGUGUAAAAAUAUGGUAUAUCAAGGUUGUUGACCUUCUAGAAGCCACAUUUUUGAUGAAACUUUAAAUUUAUAUUUAUCUCACAAAGAUCUUGGUUCCUUUCGAUAAUCGUGCAUUGUGGCCCCUGAUUAUAUUAAAAACCACUUCUUUUUUUGAGCAUGAUCUCUGUCCAUCUCUUGCAAAAUGUGGGCGUAUCUUGCAUGGCAACUGCUUGUUAGCCUUCAUUGUUAAUUGAUACUAUUGUAAAACUCAGAAGUUUUAUUAAUUAUAUUUGUCAA